AUGGCCGAAUCAUUCGAGUUCGUGGUAACUAGAAAAGACCAUGUACUCGUCCCUCCGGUGUCAAAAACUCCAAAGGGUCUUCACUAUCUCUCGAAUCUCGAUCAAAACAUAGCCAUCAUCGUCAAAACGUUAUAUUACUUCAAAUCGGAGUCAAGAAGCAACGAAGAAUCCUACAAUGUGAUCAAGAAAUCCCUCUCAGAGGUUCUUGUUCAUUACUAUCCUGUCGCGGGGAGGCUGACGAUCAGCCCGGAGGGGAAGAUCGCCGUGAAUUGCACCGGAGAAGGAGUAGUGGUCGUGGAAGCUGAAGCUAAUUGUGGGAUAGAAAAAGUCAAAGAAGCUAUCUCUGUGAAUAGAAUGGAGACGCUUGACCAACUUGUUUACGACAUUCCCGGUGCUCGUAAUAUUCUUGAGAUUCCUCCGGUGGUAGUUCAGGUGACAAAUUUCAAAUGCGGCGGUUUUGUCCUAGGACUAGGCAUGAGCCACAACAUGUUCGAUGGAGUCGCGGCCAUGGAAUUCCUCAACUCGUGGUGCGAGACAGCCAGGGGCCUCCCUUUAUCCCUCCCUCCUUUCUUGGACCGUACGAUUCUCCGACCACGAAACCCGCCAAAAAUCGAGUUCCCGCAUAACGAAUUCGACGAAAUCGAAGACAUUUCCGGCACUGAGAAACUCUACAAUGAAGAAAAACUCGUCUACAAAUCAUUCCUCUUCGAACCUGAAAAACUCGAGAAGCUCAAGACCAUGGCAAUUGAAGAAAAUAAUAAGGUUACAACCUUUCAAGCCUUAACCGGGUUUCUUUGGAGAUCACGGUGCAAGGCCCUACGGUUUGAACCGGACCAACAGGUUAAGCUCCUUUUCGCAGCUGAUGGACGGUCAAGAUUCGUCCCGCGUCUCCCGGAAGGAUAUUCCGGGAACGGGAUUGUCUUGACCGGUUUGGUGACGUCAUCAGGGGAAUUGGUUGAUAACCCUCUUUCUCGUUCGGUUGGUUUGGUCAAGAAUAUGGUCCAGUUGGUUACUGAUGGUUUCAUGAGAUCGGCUAUGGAUUACUUCGAAGUGAACCGGACCAGGCCGAGUCUGACCGCGACGCUUUUGAUUACGUCGUGGUCUAAAUUGACAUUGCAUAAACUAGAUUUCGGUUGGGGAGAACCGAUUUUCUCUGGACCGAUUGGUUUACCUGGAAAGGAAGUGAUAUUGUUCUUACCAGGUGGCGACGAUAUGAAGAGUAUCAAUGUGUUCCUUGGACUUCCUGCUUCGGCUAUGGAAGUGUUUGAAAAGCUUAUGAAGAUCUGA